CGUAUUAUUAUUUUUCCUUCCUUUCCAAAACACAGACGAAGAUGGCGGAAGAGCGACAGAACCUUUUGGACGAUGAAGGGGAUAUCUCGUCUUCAGGUCCCAGAAAUGAAAGCGGACCGGUUAGACCGAUGUCCGCGCUCUGUGACCCGAGGCGGCUGCCUCACCGCAUUUUCGUCCUGCUUUUUAUGUGCUUUCUGGGAUUCGGAAGUUACUUCUGUUAUGAUAACCCCGCUGCUUUGCAGACUCAAGUCAUACAGGACAUGAAGCUCAACACGUCCAUGUUCAUGCAGCUCUAUGCCUGGUACUCCUGGCCCAACGUGGUGCUCUGUUUCCUGGGGGGCUUCCUGCUCGACAGGGUCUUUGGCAUCAGGCUAGGAACGAUAAUCUUCGCCCUGUUUGUCUGCGUUGGACAGGUUAUAGUUGCUGUUGGGGCACUUCUAGAUCUAUUCUGGUUAAUGGAGAUUGGACGCUUUGUGUUUGGGAUUGGAGGUGAGUCUCUGGCUGUGGCCCAGAACACCUAUGCAGUGAACUGGUUCAAGGGGAAGGAACUCAACUUGGUGUUUGGUCUUCAGCUCAGCAUGGCCAGGCUGGGUAGCACCGUCAACAUGAACAUCAUGGGCUGGGUGUACAACCGUGUCGCUGAUCUGGUCGGCUCGACAGGACACACCACUCUGGGAGUCUCGCUCAUGAUCGCUGGGGCGACAUGUAUAUUCUCUCUGGUCUGUGCUCUGGUGUUGGGCUACCUGGACAAGAGGGCCGAGAGGAUCCUCAACAAGGAACAGGGAGCGACCGGGGAAGUGAUCAAGCUGACGGAUGUGAAGGACUUCCCCUUCCCACUGUGGCUCAUCUUCAUCAUCUGUGUGGGCUACUACGUGGCCAUCUUCCCCUUCAUUGGACUGGGACAGGUUUUCUUCAUUGAAAAGUUCAACUUCUCACCUCAAGAAGCAAGAGCAAUUAACAGUAUUGUGUACAUCAUCUCAGCCCCAGCCUCUCCUGUGUUGGGCUUCAUGGUGGACAGGACAGGGAAGAACGUGAUCUGGGUUCUGUGUGCCGUCGUCACGACACUCAUAGCCCACAUGAUGCUCGCCUUCACCUUCUGGAACCCCUGGAUCGCCAUGUCCCUGUUGGGUUUGUCCUACUCCCUGCUGGCCUGUGCCCUGUGGCCCAUGGUGGCCUUUGUGGUGCCAGAGCAUCAGCUGGGGACCGCCUAUGGCUUCAUGCAGUCCAUCCAGAACCUGGGCCUGGCUCUGAUCUCCAUGGCAGCAGGAUCUAUUCUGGACAACAAGGGAUACCUCUUCCUGGAGGUCUUCUUCACCGCCUGUGUCUGCUUGGCGCUGAUCGCGGUAGUGAUGCUGUACUUUGUUGAUUAUCUACGAGGAGGAGAUCUGAACCUCUCAGCCUCUGCCAGGGCCAAACUCCUGAAGGACUCCAAUUCAGAGUGAGCGGUCACACAGUCCUGGGCCCUCUGUACCAGCUGGCUGCACGGACAUGACCACAGCUGUCAAUCACCUGCUAGGGGGCCUGUCUGCACUACUCACUUCUCCAGCCUUUCAUUGUCACUGACCCCUCCCAGCAACAUACUGACCCCUCCCAGCAACAUACUGACCCAUCGCAGCUCAGAUGCUGACCCCUCUGCUCUGACAUCACAUACCAACGCCGCCGCCUCGUCUCUCUGACUGCUCCCUCCAGUGGCUGUGUCAAGGGCUGGCUAAUGACUGAUUGGUGUUGUGUGCAUGCUUUGGAACCUCAAACAUCACACCAAUCAUACUUUAAUGUCAGUAGAGUGGGGCACCAGAAAGCACUUUUUAAAAGGUUUAUAAAUGUCUAGAACAAGACUCCAGGCUGAGUGACUUUUACUUCAGACAUGUAAAGUUAUUCACCGAUAACCCACAUCCAGAUAUGUCUUUUUGCUUAGUAAAGUCACCCACACCAUAAGAGGUGAAAUGGUUAGAUUUCUCGGCAUUGGGUUUAGUUCUUUAUAGCGCUGUUCCUUCAUUAAUUCCUUUCUUUGCUCCUGGCUGGUCAUAGAGGCUCGUAAAACGUCACACCGUCAAGGCUUUAUCACUUGUCAAAGUGAUAAAGGAAUUUUAAAGGGAAACAUUUUAUAUUUCAAUCCACCCAAUGUACAAAAAUAACACCACAUUUUGAAAGCAGCAGUUUUACAGUGACCUUUGAGAAAAUGACCUGGCUUAUGUGUAUGAAGGAGAACUUUUAACAAUACUAUAACAUUGGCAAUUGGGUGGAAACCUUCUGCUGUACAACUGAAUGAAAGGAUAAAUACUUUGUUUUGUUGAUGUUUAUUGAUCAUUCUCAGGAAAUUGCCAAGAGAUACUUUCAUAUGUUGAAAACCACUAAAUCAAAUGAUCAUUCUAAUGACAAAAUCACUUUUGAUAGUUUUUCUAUUGUAAUGAAGGAUCGCUUCAGUCUUUAAUCCUGAGUCAGUUUUCUGCAGGACAACCUGAGCUUGAACCAAGUGGCCUGUCGUAGCAUAGUAUUAGGUCAAAUUAUUGUGGUAGAGGAAGCCUAUCCAUAUACCAUUGAAGUUGUGAUGGCUGUUUUGUUUGUCUUAGCUGCAGAAUAGUCUCUGUGUAAAUUUCACUAAGAGUGCUGUCUGUUUUUGAGUUGAACUAACAAAUGUCUAACAGCUCUAAAUAACAUGUUCUAUUGCCUAGAACUGCCUAGAGCACGGGGCUCCAACCCUGUUCCUGGAGAACAACCCUCCUGUAGGUUUUCACUCCAACCCCAGCUCUAAAUAACAUGUUCUAUGGGUACUACUGCCUAGAGCACGGGGCUCCAACCCUGUUCCUGGAGAACAACGCUCCUGUAGGUUUUCACUCUAAAAAAAAAACUAAAACAAGCAGAUGUUCUUGUUACAUAGCUGAUGUUCACUGUGGAUGUUAAAUAACAUCAGGCCAUUGUGUCCUUGCCAGAUCUCAUUGUCAUUCUGUCGGAUCAAAUUGACUUUUAUAUACAACAGUAUUGUCUCAGGACGGCAAAUAAAAGUUUGUAAAAACAGA